GGUUUGGCUAGGAGGUUGGUGGGGAAGGGGGAGGUGGGCAGGAGGGAGAUAACCUCGGAAGGGGGGGUUAAGAAAAGGUUGGAGAAAGAGGACGAGAGGUUUUGGUUUGAGGAGGGGAGGGUGAAGUGGGUGCUUGUGCCGGGGGUUGGGGCCGGGUUUGAGCAUAGGGAGGUGAGGGAGGAGAUGGGUUCGGAGGAGGAGGUGGUUAAGGAUGCGGAGGAGAAGACCGAGUUGGUGAUGGAGGAGUUAGGGGGCUGGCUGAGAAGGGUUUGGGGGGUGGAUGGGUGAUUGAUAUGACUGGGUGGAGACUUUCGCUCUCGCGGUUGCUGUGGUUUGCAGCCUUUGCUGUUUUGCGGCCAGAAUUGUGUUCUGAUUCAAAGAUACUUGCAGUUUGAUAUUGUGGACAGGGGUGCAUGAUAGGCCCCACUUCAGGUACUUGGAGCCAACAAAUCAGAUAACCCCUUGUGGUGUAGUUGGCUAUCACGUUCGGCUGUAAAGGAAUUUAUUGAUACCGAAAGGUCACCGGCUCGAUUCCGGUCGAGGGGAGAUGUUUUUUUUUGCUUUUCUUUCCUGCAGAUGCUCCGCUUCAUAAUUGUUAUAUUUCUUUGUGGGUUUUGGGAAUCAAUCCAUGUUGACGAUAGAGUCUGCAUGCUCAAUCUUUUGCAGAUCGAGCGAGGUAGUCCAGGCGAAGCUGACUUUAUAUGCAUGCCUUCAUUGGAAUGCCCCUAGAACUAUCACCUCCUUUUCCAUUCAUGGCCCUGGCCCAAUGAUGGGGUUCCUAAAAGUCUCUCUGGACCCGUGGAAGCCCUAUAAAGGCCUAUUAGGUAACACAGGAAGCGUUUGCCUUCACGCAACGAUGUCUUCCUUGAUCUCACUGGAGUUUCCUAUCAUACUGUCCGGAGCGCGCAGGCUGAGCCGGUGGCUAGAUGAAGGUUUUGUGACUUGACGCCAUGAAGUCAUGUUAUAGGGCAUUUGACUCGUGAGCAAAACCUUCCUAGGAGACGGCAGCUAAGCUUUCUCCUCUGUAAGCCACUGUAAAAGUUGAUUCUGUUUCUCAACCAUUCACCCAAGCCCACCCUCACCACACCCUCCAAUGGCAGCAGCAUAGGAACGAUGGAUGGUCGCGCCAAAACGAUGAGUGCUGCCCUUGCAAUGGCGUUUACUGGCCUCGAAACGUGGGAUAUGGCCCCCGAAACGAUGAUGGAUAUCGACUCCGAGUCUUCACUCAUCAUGCGACUGCCUGUCAAGCUUCUACUCAACAUCGCUUCCCACCUCCUGCCUCACAGCGCGAUGCUCUUUGCCCUCACAUGUAAGAAGCACUGGCAGAUCCCAAGUAAGGAGAUACGCAAACAGCUCGGUCCCAACCAACUCGAGGGAAACCCAUCUAGCCGGUAUCUUCACGCUCGUCGCUAUCUCUUCUUAUAUUUAUACAGAGACUUGGAACACACGCACAGUCUAUUGACGUGGAAUUCCGGCUUUGGCGCUCCACCACCCUGGAGAGAAUUUUGGGAGCUCAACGAGUGGGAGAAGGAGCGGGCUUUCAGCUGGCGCUAUAUGCCCGAGGGAAACGUCGACAUAGGUGGAUUCGUUUCGAAUCGCGUCGAGGAUCUCGCAAGAAAAGGCGCUGGAUACGAAACAAAAGAGGUUGCUUCGCGCCGCAAGGGGCAAAUGAAUUGA